AGAACCGUUGGUCAGUCAGUCGGGAAUUGUGCGGAAACUUGGAUCUCCAAUCUGUGGUCCAGAAAUUAGAAGCGGAUUUAGUAGAACGGUUUGCAGUAAAGUGAUCCCUUACCCUUCACCACGCUUUAACUUUUAUCCGAAGAAAAUAUAUUGAGACUGGCGGCGGGCUCCAAAGGUUUCGAAUAUUAAAAAAAAAAAUAACUACAAAAAGUAGCGGUGAAAAAGAAAGCAAGCAGAGACAAAAAAAAGACCGCAAAGCGAUGGCUCAAGAGACGGGAACAACGACGGGAACGGGAACGGGAACGGGAAUGGGAAUCGGAGCCAAAGAUCAGCGCCAGCGGGACCAUAUCGAUGAGGAUGAAGUCAGCGAACUGCAGAAGUCGCGCAGCUUCUACGAUCGGGUUCGGGAGCAGGCGGAGCGCUUUGCGAGCACGCGGAUGGGACAGUUUGUGAUCGAGCGUGCGGACCGGGCGCUGGUGAUGAUCGAGGACACGGCCAAGUGGAGUCUGCCGCAGGAAAAGUCAGCUGCUCCCUUGGCCCGUCCCUUGCCUUGGGGUCCCUUCCUCAUGCUCAUCAUCCUGCUGCGUCUGACGCGCAUUUGGUUGUCGGUGGGCGCCUUGAUGAUCGGAAAUGGACCCAUCUCCCCCUCGGAUAUGGUCUACUUCAUCCAGACCAGGCGUCGCAAGCUUAGGGCCAUCCGGGUUCAUGGACUGAAAGUGAUGCGGCAGCGCCAGCAGGAGGUCUCCUACAGCGGUAGCAGUGCCAGUGGCCGAGGUCUGACCCAUAAACUCACUCAGUGGUUAUCCAAGGCCAUGUGCCGUCCUGGAGUGCAGAGAGCCAAUUCCGGAAGACUCUUUGCCGUGCGCAACACGGAGCAGACCACGCAAACCACGCCUGCUGUGAUGAAGCGUCCUCGGGAGGAGGACUCGAAUGUCGAUGCCGAUCACAACCUGACCAUCGACCAGAUGCUGGCCAAGUAUGCCAACGAGAACUCCGAGGAUGACUCUGACUUUGUGCCCCAUGCCGAGGAGGAGGACACCAGCGGCAGCAGCUCCGAGAGCAGCGACGAGUCCAGCGACGAGAUCAGCAGCGGCGAGGCGGAGGAGGUGCUCAGUCAGGCCAAGCCUAAGCCCGUGGAAAAUGGAGUUCACAAGGCCACCGAGAAGGAAAACGAUAAGGAAAAGGAGAAGGCUAAGGGAAAGGCGCAUCUAACGACAUCCUCCAGCAAUGGGGACAAGGACACGGAGCAGGUGUCGGCGGCAGAAGUUGGAGCCGCCGCUCUGAAGGUGAAGCUGGAGGAUCCGCAGAAGUCCUCGCCGGGGCACAUCAGUGCGGCCAUGAUGAACACCAGGACAUACAACACCACGGCGGCUGCAGCCAGCACUGAUCCCGAGACGGAACCUGAACCCGAAACCGAAUCCUUUCCCGAAACCCCAUCCGAACUUCCCAGCCAAAUCCCAACCAAAGAAGAAGAAUCAAACGAUGAAGACGAAAGUUGCAGCAGCAGCGGAAGCAGCCAGACUGGGAACACUAUGGAGUCCCAGGAGAACCAGCUGCAGUCCCAAGCCCAGCCAGAUACCCAAGCCGAUCAGAUCCGAGAGGCUGUCCAGCAACUGUCCAACUAUCCCCCAGUCGAUACCCUAACUCCUGCCACCUCCUCCGAAGAUAUUUUCUAUAGUCCAAUCGGUUCACCCACUUGCUUCAAUACUAGCCUAGGAACCCAGGCCCUGCUCAAGAGUGCCAGCCUUAAAUCCGUCCUGGCCCACUCCACGCCCACUGCGUCUCCACUGACAGACCAACCCACUGAACCGGCUAAUAACUCCACUGUCCCAGAGAACCAGGAAGAGGAACAUCCAGCCCAGCCGGAGACCGAGAAACCCGUAAAUCCACAAAACCAGAAGCAACAGAACCAUCAGAACCAUCAGCAACGUAAUCAUUCCCACCAACGCUUCCGUGGACGCAAUCGACGUUAGAGCUUGGAUGUAUCUCUUUGUCCACAGCUAUAAUGCCAGAUUUUGCUUCCAAUAAGAUAGCUUUUCUUUCCUAAACUCUUACAUUCCCAUAUUGUUAGUGAAUACUUUGAAUAAAUCUCUGAACUCAAAA